AUGGCGGCGCUGCGGGCGAGCGGCGUGCGGGCCGCGGUGCUCCUCAGGCCCGGCCUGGCCCGACCUCCGCCGGCCGCGGGCUACCACGAGAAGGUCGUGGAUCACUACGAGAACCCCAGGAAUGUCGGUUCCCUGGACAAGAAGGCAAAGAACGUGGGGACUGGCCUUGUGGGGGCUCCAGCCUGUGGGGAUGUCAUGAAAUUGCAAGUCGAGGUGGACGAAAACGGGAAAAUCGUUGACGCCAGGUUUAAGACGUUUGGCUGCGGGUCAGCAAUCGCUUCAAGUUCUCUGGCGACUGAGUGGGUGAAAGGGAAGACGGUUGAUGAAGCCUUGAAGAUAAAAAACACGGAUAUUGCGAAAGAGCUCUGCCUGCCGCCAGUAAAACUGCACUGCUCGAUGCUUGCAGAAGACGCCAUCAAGGCUGCCUUGGCGGAUUACAAGCUGAAGCAGGGGUCAAACACCUCUGGACCCGAGAAGAAUGCAGCCAGUAUGUAGGGCUCCUUUGCACCGCGAGACCUGGAAGCCAGCUUCCCUUCCUUCCACUUGUAGCCUCAGCACGACAUCUAGGCGCUGACCCAUCAACACCUGCUGCAUUUUGGAAAGACGCACAACUCGUACGCACAAUGUUAAGACUGUACUACAGCCAACAGGAUGCCGCAGCUUUUUGCUCUUGGCUUCUUUUCCUUUGUGUGAAUAAUCUUCCUCUGAGAUUUGAUUUGUAGCCUUAGGAUGGCCCCUGAAGGGGUAUUAAAGCUGUCUCUUAGUUACAAAGAAAAUUCCCAGGGCUGUUUCAAGUAUGAUCCUUGAGUCCACAGGAACAAGCAGUGACGUAUGACAUCCGAAGGUUCUCUCCCUCCAGGGGUAGAUUUAGAGCAGUACGGAAGCUCUUUGAGCUUACAGCUACAUUUCUGGUCCUUGAUUUGGAGGUAACAGCAGCGUAAUUUUAUGCUGCUGGCCUCACGUUCCCCUAACGCGAGGGAAAAACCUGAUAAGUACAGUAAAGCUGUCUCUGUUUUGUUAUUUUCUAGCUUGGAAUUCUAAAGAAAGGUGUAUAUAUAUAUAUAUUAUUUCACCUGAUUGUUAAUGCACAGAUUUCAGAUUUGUUUGCUGUUCGGCCUAUGCUAUACAUGCAGAGAUAAUAUAUGUUUGUUCUAAAGAACAA